AUGACUUCCUGUCUCAGCACCCAGUCUGUCAUCAUCACAGGUGCCCCUGCACCAUUGGCAGAGGCGUUUCGGGCUUGUUCCUCGGGUUCUAAGAACAAGACUAUCGCAGUCAACCUGGAUCAUCUGAUAUCUAGCAACUUGGCUGAAGCACAGGCUCAGAUUACUGCUUUCAACGCUUUCGACCAAACCGAUGUAUUUAUUAUCGACACCAGAACUCAGGAGCCCUCAGGGCAAGACGCCAUUUGGGAGAUUCCAUUGAGUGAAUGGGAUCAGGGACACACGUCCAUGAGCUGCCAGAGGAAAAUGUUGCUACAGGUAAAAUUAUUCCUUCAGCAUCGAUUCCAGGCCAACAAGGCAAGGUCUCUUGAGAAUCAACCAGGGCACGGUUUCUCUAUUGUCGUCCUCGGUUAUCAAGAUCUCUUUGAUGUCUCACUCGAGCACGUUAUUUCAAAGCUCCAAAGAGACGUCUCACGACUUCACCCAGAUGCUUCCGUCAACUUCCUUGAUCUCAGCACCUCACACGAGGCCUCUACCCAGUCAGUCGUCGCAGCAACAGGGAUACUAGUCUCAGCGAAGCCCGCCCGUGGAAUCAUUUCUCUCGCCGACAUCGCUAGUGUAAAAAGCAAGGAGAACAACGAAAGCCAUAAUCCCAUUAACCAGAAUACCCAACUCUGCCGAAGCCUCCCUCUCCAUGAGAAGCAUCCAAAGGUCAAAAUUGCUUUGUCCUUUGACUUUGACGCAAUCUCCGCCUUCCUGGGAACGGGACAUCAUCCAGACAACAACAUGGCAGACUACAGCACCGGCAUAUUUGCCGGUCGAGUCGGUGCGAAUCGGAUCCUACGCAUGUUACAAAAGCACCAAGUAGCCGACAAAGUGACUUGGUUCAUUCCAGGCCACACAAUGGAAACCUUCGAACCAACCGUCAAAGAGAUUAUCCGGUCCGGCGCCGAGAUCGGACUUCAUGGCUAUUCGCACGAAGGCGCCUACCAAAUGACACCCGCUCAAGAGCGCGACGUGCUAGUGAAGUGCAUGGAAGUAUCGCAGCGACUAACGGGCAAAAGAGUGCGAGGUUACCGCGCUCCCAUGUACCAACUCCGCGAGACAACAAUCGAGCUUCUGAGAGAAUUUGAAUUUCUAUACGACUCUUCUUUGAGCCACCAUGACUCACAGCCAUAUUUUACACCUAGCGAUCCGCCGAUUGAAAAGGUGGAUUUCUCCCAGCCGGCUAGUGCUUGGUUGCGCCCCACGCCGCUGGCUGCGGCGAAUGCCCGCCCUGUCAGCCACCCACUGGUAGAAAUCCCCACUGGAUGGAAUAAUGAAGAUAUGAUGGCACUACAGUACUUCCCACAUCUCGAUAAUAGCCAUGGACAUGUUGAUGCGCGAGUUGUUGAGCAGAGAUGGAAGGAUAUGUUUUUGUGGUUGUGGGAGAAUGCCCAUGUUGACGGAGGGGAUGGUAGUUUUGUUUUCCCUAUCUUGAUGCAUCCCGAUACUAGUGGAAUGUCCCAUGUGAUAGGGAUGGUUGAUCGUUUCGUGGGGUGGCUUCGGGGGUGGGGGGAUGCGGUUCAGUUUUGCACUUUUGAGAGUAUCACACAGGAGUGGUUAGAAGAGCAACUGAAGGCUUAG